CAAUUAGUGCGGUUAAUGAAUUUGGACUUUGACAUUGCAUUUUUAAAUUUAUCUUGACUUGACACUUGUUUUUUAAAGUUUGUGGACUUGCCUUUCUCUUCCGUACUGAUUAAAUAGUAUUAAAAAUGUCUGAAAAAAGCAGCCCAAUAAAAUAUUUUAUAAGUGGGGGCUUCGGUGGUGUCUGUACCGUGCUGUCGGGCCACCCUAUGGACACCAUUAAAGUAAGAUUACAAACUAUGCCUCUCCCGAAACCAGGUGAAUCAGCCUUGUAUUCUGGCACUUGGGACUGUUUUAAGAAAACCAUACAGAAGGAAGGCUUCCGCGGUCUUUACAAAGGUAUGUCGGCGCCGCUGACUGGAGUUGCACCUAUAUUCGCGAUAAGUUUCUUCGGCUUCGGUCUGGGUAAAAAGUUAAUCAAGUCAGACGACAAUCAGGUUUUAUCUAAACCGGAAUUGUUCGCUGCGGGCGCAUUCUCCGGUAUUUUUACCACGUCCAUUAUGGCGCCCGGUGAACGCAUAAAGUGUCUGCUUCAAAUUCAGCAGGGUGGUAAUGUUCCCCAAAAGUAUAGCGGUAUGCUAGACUGUGCCAAACAGUUGUACAGAGAAGGUGGGAUGAGAAGUAUUUACAAGGGCAGUGUUGCCACUAUUCUAAGAGAUGUGCCUGCCAGUGGCAUGUACUUCAUGACUUACGAAUGGGUAAAAGAAGUUUUAGUACCUGAAGAUGCGAGUGCUAAAUUAAAAAUGGCAGCAACAAUUGUCGCUGGAGGCUGUGCGGGUAUAGCUAACUGGCUGGUGGGUAUGCCAGCUGAUGUCCUAAAGAGCAGGCUACAGACUGCCCCAGAAGGCACCUAUCCUAAUGGAAUGAGAGAUGUGUUCAAACAACUAAUGGAGAAAGAAGGACCUACAGCUUUGUACAAAGGUGUAACACCUGUUAUGAUCAGGGCAUUCCCAGCAAAUGCUGCUUGUUUUGUUGGUUUCGAAUUUGCAGUUAAGUUCCUUGACUGGGUAGCCCCUAAUCUUUGAUGGAGUGUGUAGAACAUGUGUAAAUUGUUAUUAAAAUAUCAAAUUGUAUUAAAUUAAGUAUAAGGUUCCUGUUAAGUAAAAGUCAUAUUUUUUACAAAGCUGUAAAUGCCAAUCAGUGUAAUUCAGAUUUAUAAUAAUAUAAAUAUAUUUUUAUACAUCUGUUAUAAUUUUUGGUACCUUGCCAGGACAUGACCAUAAUUUGUUUCAAGUUUUGCUAAUUUUAUGUGUUAAUUAUAUUUUCCCUAGUCCCUUCUUAAAAUAAGUUGUAUCUGUUCAGCUCACAAAUAUUAUUAUUAUAAUAAAAUUAUAAAUAAAUUGUAUAUUUUUUACUAUAACUUUUAAGUCAAUAUUGAAAUAUACUGUGCCUUUAAAAUCAUGUUUAUUUUCCUGUUGUGAUAUCCACUCAAGUAAUGAAGAAUAUAAGUGAACUUCCUCAUAAUGUCAAUCACAAUUCACUGCUCACAAUUAAUCAUUUCAGUUUUAAAGAUGGGAAUUAUUAAUGUCUAAAACUAAAUGCAAUCAAUCUGUACCUCACAUUAAUAAUUCCAUUUUCCCUUAAACUCACCAUUAGUAACAAACACCACAAAUAGGUAUGUCUGAUUUUAUUUUUAAUGAAAACAAAAUAAGUCUGUCUUAAAAUUAUGCCUAAAAAUCUGGGAAUUCAGUACAAAGACAGAUAAUGUAAUUUCUUCUGAUUUAUUUUGGCCCUACAUAGGCUAGAGCCGCCUCAGAGGAUCAGCCUGGCUGUUCAGCAGGGAGAUGCAAUCAGCACUCUUGGCACCAUUCUGCACAAGCUUGAUUUGUACAGUAAUUAAUUAAGGCUAGCAUUAAGUUUUAUUGUAAAAUUUUCAA